AUAUGUAUAACAAAAUCAACCAACAUAUGUAUAUGUCCAGAAAACCUAUACAUGACAUUUCCCUCAUUUCACUCUACCAUAAACACCACAGGUUAGAAGAUCAUCAUAGCUAUCUUUGGUGCUCAGGGAAUAAAACUCAAUAUUUCCAACUUUAUCAGACAUUCAUCACUCACCACAUUUGACAUAAGUGCUCUGAAAAACUCUUCUUCACAUCCUUACAGAAGGAAGUACAUAUUAGAUAUAUACAGUCUUGCUUAAACUCUUCCAGUAUAUUUUAAAUAACCCGCAGGCAAAUAUAUCUACAAUCUCAUGUGGGUAAGGAGUACAACAUUAAAGUCUCAACUGACUAGGUGGGAACCCGGCUCACAAUGACUCCAAUUAUCAUACAAAGAUGGCUGCCAUUUCCUUAGAAGACUUCUUAUCUGUCUGCACGGCGUGAAAACAAGGAUAGCACAGCGGGGGUUCGGUUUGAAAACAAAAUGCAGAUCCGGAAGUGAGAUAUUUUAAAUAACGGAAAUACUAAAAUAACCUCUCGAAGCCAAAAGGCAAAUUGUAGUAAGAACAGUGGGUGGAGGAGAAGGCGGCGACGACUACGACGGGGCACGUAAGAAGAAAUAGAGAAACAACAACAACAGCAACAACAACGACGAUGGUGAUGACAACGACAACAGCAACAACGACGACGAAUACGAUGAUAAAAAAAAAAGGGCAAGGUACAAAAACAAUAAAAAAAGCUGUUACUGCUUGAUCUUCCAUUCUUCUCAUUCAACUCACGAAUUUUCCAUUCUUCUCAUUCACCCACGAAUUCGUUUUUGCGUCAUGAAAUACAUUAUCUACGAAAAAAGGACCAAACAUUCGGUUAAUUUUUCUUCACAUGUUUUGUACAUGAUACUUAUAUAUUCAAAUGAAAAGUAAUCAGUAGAUAAAAUUUAAUGAUUAUAUAGAAUAUAAAUAAAUGGAGCAGAUGUUUUAUGGAACUCAAGAAAAUAACUUCUAUCUUUGAAUCUAACAUGUUAAGAUAUUCCGCUUUUGCGAUCCUCUGACUACCCUUUGGUUACUUUUCUGUCCUCCUGUAAUUUGAAGUCUAGAACUUGAUCCACGGUGUAGCUCCCCCACUGGGCAUUCAUAGAAAUAAUGAAAAACUGAGCUGAAGGCGGGAUAACGAGACAGGCCGGAGACAACCGCUAUCAAGAGAACAACGUACCACGCCUCAGAUGUGGGAGCCAUAACGAUCGUCACAUCCUAUAAUCAAUUAUGAGGUCUUUUCACUCGCGGUCACUAAAGUGGGCGUACAGAUGCAUCUAGGGAAAGGGAAAAAAAUGUCAAAUACGAAACAAUGUUUGUCUAAUUUUCCUGUAUAAUCGCUACUUUACCCUUGUGAGAGACAUAUGCCACGUCUGUAUACGUCCUACACAUACACAACACCUCGUUUGUAAAAGUGUUCAUCCUCUUUACAUUAGGUAACUAACAUCGGGUACUCUAAGAAUUAAAACCACGUUGGUAUAAAUCGUGAAAAUACAAAGACAGCAGCAUAUAGCGUGUAAUCAGGGGUGCGAGAUGUGACGUCAGCUGCGCCUGUACAAGUACUAUCAGCUUUGAGGGAACAGUUCUAACUAAACUUCUCCGCAACUCAGGACGCUGCAGUGGUCCACUGGCUCAACCAUCACGCCUUUCGGUACCGUAAGCAAAAUGUUGUCAUCUUCCGUGGUCUUCAUUAGCGUGGUGUUCGUGAUUCCCACGGUUUCUCUUACUCCAGAUUGUCGUGUUACUUCCUCCAGCACACUGACUGUGAAGCACAGGAAUCUCACCACCACCUUCUGGGGCUUCAUUAAUAUUGUUGAAGAGCGUUCUUUCCUAUCACUCAGGUUUUAUGAAAAUGGCCUUCCUUUGUUGUGCAUUGAGUAUAACCACACCCACGUCACCAUCCACGAGAUAAAGCGCCUAGACAGCACGGGCAGGACAAGUGAACCAGUACCAUGGCCGGUGUGUUCAGAAUGGCGUCAGUUUCACUUGGUGGUGCACCGCAACAUCCUUGCCAUCACUGAUGACCACAACAUCACGUGGGUGAGCAGGAACAUUCAUCAGUCCGCCACGCACUUGGAACUUGUCAUGCACCACCUCAAACCUUCCUGCACCACACCAACCCCCGUGUGGGAGGUGGGAGCCAACACCCAAGAUAUUGUCGCGCCACGCUGCCAGGAUGCCCUCUACUUCACUUUCCAAGCUAACAACACCGUCACACCGCAGCUGACGGUCGGAAACGUCAGUCUUUCUUUGCAUCAGCUUUCUCAAUCUCAGCCUCGCCUGAGCCUCACCGUGAGGGGCAACCCCGGAGCUACGGCCCGCGUGGUCGGUUUACUCUCGCCGCCACAUACGAGUAUGGUAGCAGUUGUAUGGGCGAUGACUGUGGAGGUGGACUGCACCCUCCCAACUGUGUCCGUGUCAAGUGAAAACGGCGGCACCUUCACUCUUACGCAACACAUCCAUCUCCAGGAGUGUCCACCCAAGACCGAGAAGGCACAGCAAGAUGGACUUCAGGACUGUGCUCAGGUCUACCGUCUCUCCCUAAUCCUGGCCUUGGUGCUCGUCGUCCUCAUGUUCACACUGUGCGUCUCCUGUCUCCUCCACCUGAAGACGAGACAAAACAGAUUACGUCGUGAACAAACACCACGUGUAAGAACACAACGGAAAGGAUUGGAAAAGCAGUACAAAGUCACCGAGAGUACAGCUUACGCACAGAGGGAAUCAGGUCUGUACCUUGACCCCCGUCCCGCUCCAUCAGGCCUCCUUCACCCAACACACAUCGCACUGCAGCCGUGGGCACCUUCUCCUACACACAUCUACGAGAAUAGCGAGAAUUCUUCGACUGACAAUUACGAUGAAUUUGAAUCCGACAUUUACAAUGCAUAAUAUAAUUAAAGAGGAACAGCCUUCUUCAUUGUAAGACAAUGCUUUACUCUUGAGGAUAUGGUUCAGGUGGAUAUGUAGAAUUUCAUCUACUUUGUUGUGUUCAUUUCAUGUGGACAUGUAUUUCAUCAAGCUGACAGUUAUAGGACAUCGUGUGUACUCUGUACAAUAACUUCACGAUUUGAAGAGGUUUAAUUUUUUUGUUUGCAGUUAGUCUCAUCAAUAAAAGCUGCAGCUAAUCCAUAUAUUACCGUAGAAAUAGAUAAUUAUGGCCACCACACUAUUCUGGGAAGUUCCCCUGGUGUAGUAAACUCAAGACUACACCAUCUCUUAUUAUUCUUUUGUGAGUGAGUGACUGUUAACAAUUAGUAUUAGAUAACUUGAUCUUCAACAACUGGUAUUAGAUAAAAUGAUCUUCAACAAUUGGUAUUAGAUAACAUGAUCUCCAACAAUUGGUAUUAGAUAACAUGAUCAACGAUUGAUAUUAUUAGAUAGCAUGAUCUUCAACGAUUGGCAUUAGGUAGUAUGAUCUUGUAAGGUAUAGAUAUUCAUCGUGCAUGUCCUCCAGAAAGUUAAAUAAUGAUAGGUUUUAAACUAAUUCUGCUUUGGAAUUAUUGGAAUUUCAAUUUUCUCAUGCCAACCACAUGAACUGCUGCUCUUUUAAAUUAAUUUAUGCAAGAAGUGGUUUAGAGGAAGGCUGGGUUUAUGUGAUGGAGGUGAAGGGUGUGAUGGGAGAGGCCAAAGAUAUGGACAAGUUUGGUACUGAAGGUGGCUGAGUGAGUGGAGGUAACACGGAGUGGUUUCUGAGUGUCACUGGUAUGGAGGGUCGAAUAGAUAGGAUAUGAAAUUACUGGUACAUGGAAGGACUCCUGUACUUUGCGGAGAGAUUUUCUGACAGCCAUGUAUUGUGGGUCCUAGCCCGUGUUGUGUGGAGUAGAGCAGUGCCAGGGAGGCAGGGCAGCUAUACUUGCCGCCGCCACCAUCAACACUUAAGGCCAAUUUCCGUUUUCCUAGGUAUCAAAACUUGCCAUUUUAAACACUUCGUUUAAUUUCAUAAGAAUUAUGGAUUCAAUAACAGUAAAGUAUAGUCUUAUAAAACGUUAAAUCAAUAAAAUAAAUUGUGC